GAAGUCAUCUCGUACGGUACCAUUACCCAACAAAAAAUACAUAGACUACUAAUCUUUCCCUUUCGUCGCUCCCUCAAGUUGCAACCGUCGUCGCGCUUUACAUUCCGGCGAGAAAUUGCUUUUUUACUUCGUCGAUUUUCAGAUCGAGCUCCUCGUUUUCAGACGAUCGGAGCUUCCGCUCUUCGUCUCUCUGAGAGUCGUUUGAUAUUAUUCGUGGCAUAUUUGAUUGGUCGAAGAACGUGUGUGUGUGACCUUGUUCCUCCCUUUUCACAUCGGAUUCAUAGCUACAAGAUAAAAUAAUUUCUUUUGGCUUGGCCCUCCGUUGUUAAACUACAGAGGAAGAUGUUUGGCUCAUCCAAUCCUUUUGGACAGUCAUCUGGUAGCAGCCCAUUUGCGUCCCAAUCUUUAUUUGGUCAGACCAGCAAUUCAAGUAGUAACAAUCCCUUUGCUCCAGCAACACAGUUUGGUACGUCUACUCCUUUUGGUGCACAGACGGGAAGUUCAAUAUUUGGAAGCACUUCAACCGGUGUUUUUGGUGCACCUCAAGCAUCCUCUCCCUUCGCCUCCACCCCAACUUUUGGAGCUUCUUCAUCACCAGCAUUUGGGAAUUCUACUCCGGCCUUUGGAGCAUCUCCAGCAUCUUCACCUUUUGGUGGAUCUUCUGGUUUUGGGCAGAAACCUUUGGGAUUUUCAACGCCCCAGUCAAAUCCUUUUGGAAGCACGAUGCAGCAAUCCCAACCUGCAUUUGGAAACAGUACUUUUGGUUCAUCUACACCUUUUGGUGCCACAAACACACCUGCCUUUGGCGCAUCAAGCACGCCUUCCUUCGGUGCCACAAACACACCCUCGUUUGGUGCAUCGAGCACGCCUGCCUUUGGUGCCACAAGCACGCCUGCCUUUGGCGCCUCAAACUCUCCCUCCUUUGGCGUCACAAACACACCUGCAUUUGGCGCGUCACCGACUCCAGCUUUUGGUAGCACUGGCACCACGUUUGGCAACACUGGCUUUGGUUCUGGAGGUGCUUUUGGAGCAUCAAGCACCCCUGCUUUUGGAGCUUCAAGCACCCCUGCUUUUGGUGCAUCAGGCACUCCUGCAUUUGGUGCAUCAAGUACACCUGCCUUUGGGGCAUCUAGUACACCUGCCUUUGGGGCAUCCAGUACACCUGCCUUUGGGGCAUCCAGUACACCUUCUUUUGGGGCAUCAAAUACCUCAUCCUUUAGUUUUGGCUCCUCGCCAGCCUUUAGCCAGUCUACAGCCGCGUUUGGUAGCAGCGCUUUUGGCUCUACACCAUCUCCUUUUGGAGGUGCGCAGGCUUCAACCCCAAAUUUUGGGGGUUCUGGUUUUGGUCAAUCACCUUUCGGUGGUCAACAAGGGGGUAGUCGAGCCGUGCCUUAUGCACCGACAGUUGAGGCAGAGGCAGGGAGCGGUACGCAGCCUGCUGGAAAGUUGGAAUCUAUUUCUGCCAUGCCAGCAUACAAAGAUAAAAACCAUGAGGAGCUUAGGUGGGAAGAUUACCAACGAGGAGAUAAAGGUGGACCACUUCCUGCUGGCCAGUCUCCUGGAAAUGCCGGAUUUGGUAUAUCAACUGCUCAGGCAAAUCCUUUUUCUCCAUCACCGGCAUUUGGUCAGACAUCAGCAAAUCCAACAAACCCUUUUUCGAGCUCAACAUCUACAAACCCUUUUGCCCCUCAAACCCCAACAAUUGCCAGUUCGGGUUUUGGAACGGCUACCUCAAAUUUUGGUUCCUCGCCCUUCGGUGUAACAUCUUCUUCCAAUCUUUUUGGGUCAACUUCGUCAGCUACCACAUCCGUUUUUGGAUCAUCGUCCGCUUUUGGAACAACAACAUCAUCACCGUUAUUUGGUUCAUCAAGCAAUCCGGGAUUUGGCUCUUCUCCGUCAAUCUUUGGUUCGGCUUCUGGUCAGGGGGCAACUUCGGCGUUUGGAAACAGUCAGCCAUCUACUCUAUUCAGUUCAACCCCCUCGGCCGGGCAGACUGGUUCUGCGUUUGGACAGACUGGUUCUGCUUUUGGAAACUUCGGACAGAGUAGUGCUCCUGCAUUUGGUCAAAAUAGUCUUUUCAAUAAACCCUCCACUGGAUUUGGAAACAUGUUUUCAAGUUCUUCUACAUUAACUACGUCUAGCAGCUCUCCAUUUGGACAAACAAUGACUGCUGGUAUGACACCCUUUCAAUCAGCUCAGCCAGGUCAAGCAUCAAAUGGUUUUGGUUUCAACACCUUCAAUCAAACGCAAGCAGCUAAUACAGCUGGAAAUGCUGGUGGACUGGGAUUUUUUGGUCAAGGCAACUUCGGGCAAUCGUAUGGUCUUUUUGACAUCACUAUUUGCAAGACUUCUGCUUCCGCUCUUUUUGUUCCAUUUUUCACUGAUGACGAGGAAAGCUCAAGUACUCCAAAGGCAGAUGCUCUUUUCAUUCCAAGGGAGAACCCUAGAGCUCUAGUUAUACGCCCAGUUCAACAGUGGCCUUCAAGGGACAAAUCAACACUUCCAAAGGCUCGCCCGACGGCUCCAGUACAUGAAAAUGGGAGGGGUCCAGACAUGGCUACUGAUGCAAUAAACCAUGAGAAAAAUGGUAACGGAGAACUUGGUGCAACUGAAGAAAGACAGCAUCCAUCAGUUAAUGCAAAUCAGAAACAGAAUGGCACAACAUGCUCAGAUCAGACCAGCGAGAAAGACCGUCCCUACAAAACUCUAAAUGGACACAGAGCAGGAGAAGCUGCGAUUGUUUAUGAGCAUGGUGCGGAAAUCGAGGCUCUAAUGCCGAAGCUACGCCAUUCUGAUUAUUUCACCGAGCCACGUAUUCAGGAACUCGCAGCUAAGGAAAGAGCAAAUCCAGGUUAUUGCAGGCGGGUUAGAGACUUUGUGGUUGGAAGGCACGGUUUUGGUAGCAUAAAGUUCAUGGGAGAGACAGAUGUUCGCAGGCUAGACUUGGAAUCGCUGGUUCAGUUCAAUAAUAGGGAAGUGAUUGUAUACAUGGACGAGAGCAAGAAACCGGCAGUUGGGCAGGGUCUGAAUAAACCGGCUGAGGUAACCUUGCUGAAUAUAAAAUGUGUUGAUAAGAAGACAGGAAAACAGUUUACUGAAGGAGAGAGAGUGGAGAAGUAUAAGAUGAUGCUUAAGAAGAAAGCUGAGGCACAAGGAGCUGAGUUUGUGUCGUUUGAUCCUGUGAAAGGCGAGUGGAAGUUUCGAGUCGAGCAUUUUAGUUCCUAUAAGCUGGGCGAGGAAGACGACAGUGAAGUAUAAGGUCUCAUCUCAGUAUUAACUCUCUUGAAAUUGCUCUGUAUUGUGUAGGGAUUGUUGGAAUUGUGCAGUAGCAAAUAGUGCCCUUCCCUAUUUGUUGUGUUUUUUCUAUACCUUUUUGUUGUUCUUACAGUUUUUUCUUGUUUCCUCAUAGUAUCUCCUUUUGUGUGGUUCGGUUUGUGUAAUGGUAUCUGUUACUAUAUUUGAACCUCUUUUUUUUUUUCGUUUACGUAUUUGAUAUUUCACUUGAGAGUUA